GGUGUUUGUGCUUCUCCGAGCCUCUCUCCCCGCCCCCGUCUCUCCCGCCCGACCCGCCGGGACCUCUCCUCUCCGGGCGGCAGCAGAGCCGCCUCGGGGCGGGCGGCGGCAGCGGUGCUGGUGGGGCGCUCUCGCCGUCCAGCCCGCCGGGAACAUGGCGACCGGCGGCUACCGCAGCGCCGGGGGCAGCACCACGGACUUUCUGGAGGAAUGGAAAGCCAAGCGGGAGAAGAUGCGGGCGAAGCAGGCACCGCCAGCCCCGGGCGCCCCGGGCGGGGGGGAGCCCCGUCCUGCGGGGGGCGGCCCCUCGGCCGAGCUGAACAACAACAGCACCAGCCUGCCCCCCGAGCGCGCUGUGCCCCCCGCCGGCGGGGCGCUGAACUGCCUCGGCCUCGCCAGCGCCAGCCUGGGCCGCGCCGCCCCCGCCAAGGAGCCGCCGCCGGCACUCGCCGGGAGCCGCGGGGCCGAGCCCGCCGUCGCACCGGGCUCCCCCGAGGGCGAGGAGAAGCUGGCCGCCAAGGGAAAGAGCUCGGGCCCCAGCUCCAGGAAGGGGAAGGGGCAGAUCGAGAAGAGGAAGCUGAGGGAGAAGAGGAGGUCGACAGGUGUGGUGAACAUCCCGGCCGCCGAGAGCCUUGAUGAGUAUGAAGAUGAUGAAGCAGGGCAGAAGGAACGGAAGAAAGAGGAUGCUAUUACUCAACAGAAUACGAUACAAAAUGAGAGUUCCAGUGCAGAUACCUCUUGCUCAUACUUACUCCAGGAUUCCUCCAGGAUGGUUUCAAGCAGGUAUAAAAGUACAGCUAAUGCACCAGAAGACGAUGCUCCAAAUAGAUAUUCCCGAACAGAGAGGACAGCUUACAGCAGAUAUAGCAGAGAUGCAAAUUCUUCUGGUAGUUCUCUACCAAGUAACACUUUGGAAAAGAGGAUUGAGGAACUUGAAAGGGAACUUGCAAAAGAAAGACAGGAAAAUGCAAGAUUAAUGAAGAUGGCGCAGGACAAAGAGGAACUAAUUGGAAAGCUGAAAGAAGAAAUUGAUUUAUUAAACAGAGAUCUAGAUGAUAUAGAAGAUGAAAAUGAACAAUUGAAGCAAGAAAAUAAAACACUCUUAAAAGUUGUUGGACAGCUGACAAGGUAGAAGAUUCAGGCGUCAAUAAGGAAAGAUUUUAAAAACUACUGAUUGAACAUUAAGGUCAAUAUAGUAAUAUUUCCUGUGUUGCAGUAUGUUAGAAUAACUGUCUUUGUAUUUAUUGUUAGGAAACCAGAUGAAUGUUUAUUUUCAUAGUGCUUUCUCCUUUGUUCAAUGAAAUGGCAUAAAAUUUGGGGUGUAUUUUUAGCUUUCUUUUCACAUAAACAUAGCUAAAAAUUUUGACAUGUUUCAAAUGUUAAGUUCAAAAAUAUUUGGAUUUUGUAUCUUCAGAUUACAGCUGCAUGAAUUACAGUAAUCUAAAAUUCACAGCACCAAGAUCACUUUCAGUCCAUGUGGGUGUAUAUUUUUGAAAUGAAUGGAAGCAAUACAUAUAAGCUUUGUUUACACAGAUUCAAAAUAUAUAUUUUGGGAAAUGCUUCCUUUUUUUGUUCAAACAGCUGUAAAGUGGAUGCCUUAUUACUGAUGUAUAACAUUUGCAGAUUGAUGACUUUCUCUAGAAUUCUCGUAUGUUGAGUUUUUUUACUGUGUCUGAAAGAUUGACAAUAGUAGAGAGUAGCAAUUUUUUUUCCUGUGUUUAACAGUAUUCUGUCAGAAGGGGAAGGUUUUACUAAAAACCAACAAAACAAACAAGUGCAAAACAACACAAAGCCAAAUAAAUCACCUCUGCUAUCAGCAUUAAUAAGUUGUUAGAAUCACAUUGAAGUUGUGCACUGCAGUUUAUUUUAUGGCUUUUGCUUUAGCAAUGAAAAGCAAGUUUGCAAUCAGACAGUUAGUUUGCUGUGUUGAGAAUUCAAACAAAGCCUGGAUCUUUCAUUUUAGCAGACACUUCUUGUCAUCUUACAAUUUGUAGUGAUCAUAACCUCUACAAGUUCUUGGAUUUUUUUUUUUAAGCUGAGUGAGAAUUUUUUUAUACAUGACGAAGUAGGGGGGAAUACUAGUGAUUUGUGCCUUUUU